AUACGAAUAUAUUCCAGUGAAUACAAACCCAUCAAAUUCUCCAAGAGCACGGGUGACUCUGAGUACUCCAUUUUAUCAACCAAAUGUUGGCGAUUCACCUACAUUCACUUAUAGACCAUCUCAAUCUUCAUAUAAACCACCCCAAUCUUCUUCUAGUCCGUCUCCUUCAACCUAUAUUUCUUCAACAUCUUCAUCUAAACUGUCUCCAUCUUUCCCCAAUGCUUUGUUACCUUCCUCCAAACCACCUCAGUCUAUAUCAAAACUGUCUCCAUCUUCAUCUAAUCUGCCUCCCUCUUCUUUUAGUCCAUCUUCUAAGUCAUCUGUAUCUUCCCCCAACAAACCAAAACCCCCACCAGGUUCUUCUCCAACUUACUCUAAACCACCUCAAUCUUCACCUUCAUUGGCCCCAUCUUCAGCUAAGCCACUCCCGUCAGCCCCGAAACCCGCAUCUUCUCAUAAACCAUCUAUAUCUUCCGCUAAAGGACUUCCAUCUAACUCUGGACCAUGCCCAUUUCCCCACAAUGGACCUCCAUCUUCCCCUUCGCAAACUCCGGCCUUUAAGCCGAUUCUUCAUAUGGCUCCCCCUGAUGAAAUAAAUGGAGAAACGAAGACGCGUUAUGUAUUGGAAAAGGGUUCACCUAUAUAUGCAAUUCCUGAGGAUAUCAAACGUCUAAUCAAGAAAGACAUUGUGCCAGCAGUUCUAAAGCAGCCUUUGUCUCCUUCAACUUAUAAGCAUUACUUUGCUGCUCUGUUAUAUGCUGAGGAUUUCUACUUGGAGAAAUGGUGUGAUUUCGAAUUGAAGAACGUGAUUUUGGAGUUGCAUGACGCACAAAUUUAUGUAAGGUCAAACAAGUACAAAAAUUAUAAUAGAAAUGUUGAGAAGGAUGAUAAAAUCUUUGUGGUAUUUGAGAUUGACUCUGUUCCUGGGAAACGGCCAUUCCUUUUAUCAAGAGACUUGGUCUAUGCACAACCUUCGGGUAAAAAAGUCGAGCCGUUUAAGGGUUUUAUCAAUCGCGUGGCGAAGAGCACUCGUGUAUUAGUCGAAUUUGGAGAUGAUUUCCAUUCACAGCAUUGUUCAACUCGCAAAUAUGACAUCAGCUUCUCAUUCAAUAGAGUCUGUCUAAAAAGGGCUCAUCAGGCAGUUGAAGCUACAUCAGAUCCUUUGUUUCAGAACUUCCUCUUUCCUGAAUGCACCUCUCGAAAGAACACCCUUAACCCACCAGCUCGUGCCUAUCAGGAACUUGGUGCAGAUGAGUUCUCCGCUGUUCAUCACAUUUUAAGCUUUCGCAGCUCACCACCUUAUCUUCUUGAGGGCUCACUCAGUGUAAAUAGCGCAAAAAAGUCUCUAUCAAGAACUGGAGUGGUUGUUCGAGAAGCAGUAUUUAAAGCAUAUAAAAGCUCCCCAAAUAAUCGAAUUCUUGUGUGCGCUCCUAUAAACAGCACAUGUGACGUGCUGAACAGAAGCCUGAAGGAGAAGAUCCCAGGGUCGGAUAUAUUUCGAGCCAAUGCUGCAUUUCGAGAGAUAGAUGGGGUUCCUAUUGACAUUCUUAGCUCAUGCAUUAUAGAAGGGGAAUGUUUUGCUUGUCCUUCACUCCAGCAUCUUAUGAAAUACAGGAUAAUUCUCUCAACUUUUGUGAGUAGCUUCCGAUUGCACAGUGAAGGCAUAGCUGCUGGACAUUUUAGUCAUAUUUUUCUAGUGGAUACCUCAUCAGCCACGGAGCCUGAGGCAAUGGUAGCUUUGGCUAAUUUAGCUGACGAUAAUACAGCAGUUAUAGUGACGGGUGCACCCAACAACCAUUCAGGUUGGGUCCGCUCUGAAAUGGCUAGAAAAUAUGGAUUGAGGAAGUCAUAUUUUGAAAGACUUCUUGAACUCAGGCCAUAUAGGAGCCCCAACAAUCCAAUGUUCAUCACAAAGCUGGAUGACUUUUGAGCGAUACUUAGAUGGCACCCAUCACCCGUACCUCUGGGAUAGUACCUCUCUGUCACCCUCUUGAAUCUCAACUGUUUUUGUGUGAACAGCAAUAUGCACUUGUGUACAUCCUCUCAUAGUACUUGGCUUCUACUUAGUGUGUCUUGUUUCUGCUUCGCCAUCGAAGCUGUAUGUAUAACUGAUUAUCUGUUAAGACCUCGUAUGCAACUUGGUUUUUAUUUC